AUGGUUGUCCCUGGUUACAAUGGAAGCAAAAAUUUUAGGCGGUUAUAUUCAGAAAAAGCCACCCCAAAGAUAACCACUCACUAUACAGUCUACCCCAGAGCACAAGAUGAGAGAUGGAAAGACAUAGACAUGGAAAGGUUUGUUGAUGAAGCCGAUGUUUUGAUUGUUGGGGGUGGACCUUCUGGUCUUGCUGCAGCCUGUCGGCUAAAACAGCUGUCAAAUGAAAAUAAUAUGGAACUACGAGUUUGUGUAGUUGAAAAAGCAGCAGAAAUUGGUGGCCAUAUUUUGUCUGGGGCUUGCCUUGAACCCAGAGCCUUAAAUGAAUUGUUUCCAAAUUGGGAAGAACGUGGUGCACCACUGCUAACACCUGUGACUACAGAUAAAUUUUUAUAUCUUACUGAAAAGAAAUAUGUAAAAAUUCCAGUUUUACCAGGAAUGCCUAUGGUAAAUCAUGGUAACUAUAUAGUACGACUUGGAAAUGUAGUUCGAUGGCUGGGGGAACGGGCAGAAGAAUUAGGUGUGGAAAUUUAUCCUGGUACAGCAGCAAGUGAAAUCCUGUUUAAUGAAGAUGGAAGUGUGAAAGGGGUUGCAACAAACGAUGUUGGAAUACACAAAGAUGGAUCUCCAAAGGAUUCAUUUGAACGAGGUAUGGAACUUCAUGCCAAGAUGACCAUAUUCGCAGAAGGCUGCCAUGGGCAUUUAGCAAAGCAAUUAUACAAGCAUUUUGAUUUGCGGAAAAAUUGUGAACCACAAAGUUAUGGAAUUGGCUUCAAAGAAUUGUGGGAAGUCAAUCCAGAAUUACACAAACCAGGCACAAUUGAACAUACAAUAGGUUGGCCUCUUGAUAUGCAUACCUAUGGAGGAUCUUUUCUUUAUCAUCUGGGUGAAGGCGAAUCAUUAGUUUCUGUAGGAAUGGUGAUUGAAUUCCAGAGAUUCAAAACACAUCCAAAUAUUGCACCACUUUUCAAAGGAGGGAACAGAAUUGCUUAUGGGGCAAGAGCAUUAAAUGAAGGUGGUCUCCAAAGUCUUCCUAAAUUAACAUUUCCCGGUGGCUGUCUUGUUGGUUGUAGUCCAGGUUUUAUGAAUGUUCCAAAAAUAAAAGGAAGCCAUAAUGCUAUGAAGACUGGAAUGUUGGCUGCAGAAACUAUUUUUGAAAUGAUUGGUGAAGAUCCAAAUGAAAUAACAGGCAAAGAACCAGUAAAAUAUGAAGAAGCCUUUAAGAAAAGCUGGGUUUAUGAUGAACUGUAUCAUGUUAGAAAUGUCCGUCCUUCUUUCCACUCAAAAUUUGGUUUGUUUGGAGGACUUGUUUACACUGGAUUGUUUUGUUGGAUGUUUCGAGGGAAAGAGCCCUGGACUUUGUCUCAUGGAGGUCCUGACUACAAGAAGCUGAAACCUGCAACAGAAUGCAAAGUUAUUGAAUAUCCAAAGCCAGAUGCUCUAACUGGAACCAAUCAUGACCAUGAUCAACCACCUCAUUUAACUCUGAUGGAUGACAGUAUACCUGUGAAACGAAACCUUAAAUUAUUUGAUGGACCUGAACAAAGGUUUUGUCCUGCUGGAGUUUAUGAAUAUGUAGCUGUUGAAGAUGAAGGUGAAAUGAGAUUGCAAAUCAAUGCCCAGAACUGUAUACAUUGCAAAACUUGUGACAUUAAAGAUCCAAGUCAAAAUAUCAACUGGGUGUGCCCACAAGGUGGAGAAGGACCUGCUUAUAAUGGAAUGUGA